AUGUCCAACUGGUUGGAGUCGUUAAAGCAACUGUCAUUUGAUUCAUGGGCAGUUAUGAUACUUUGGGGGACUUUGUGUAUGUGUGAGGUCAUACUCUUUGGGUUUUCAAUUGGAAGCUUUUUUGUAUUGACCGAUAGUGUACUGUCUUUUAAACACGAGAACGACAAAAACUUCCAACUGCCAGACAUAUUUUCAUUGCCCUCGGAACAACUGACGCCAUGCGAAAACAACACCGAUUUGUUCACACCGAUUGCGUCUUACUACGAAACAUAUUUGUUAAACUACUUGCACUCACAAGGGAUAUUUAAGAAUAGGUGCAUCCCAAAUAUCACCUUCGACAAAACACAAAUAAAAGAAUGCGUGUCGACUUAUUGCAAUGCAAAUAAUGACGAUUCGGAGUGUGCACUCUUUUUUAAUACCAAUGGGACUAACUUCAUACCAGCACUUUUGGCACAUCUCCCAACGUGUCAUGUCAAUUUGUCUUUUGAAAACAAGAAGGGAGAAGUGUACGAUUCUCUUCAAAUCAAAAUAACGCCAAAACCAGAUUCGUUAGUCUUUACGUCGUCUUUUACGGAAGUCAAAAGGCUGUUACUCAUCUACAACACACCACUAUUCAUCACAUUUGACAAAUCAACAAUAAGGCCAAUGCAUAGGUGCGACGAAAAUGAAAAUGCGGCACCAGAUUAUAUGAACACAAACGCACUCACAAAGAACGGAAAAUACCUUGCAACCCCAACACUCCAACCAACUGGCGUUUUUCAGAAUUCGCUUGUCGUUGGGUGGAACGAUGACACACUCGGAUUUGUUUUAAAAGAAGCAUUUGGACACUCAUUUGGACAUUCGAAGUUGUUUUGGGUUGGCGAGCGGUCACAAUGGGAGGACAUCGGUGCGUGUGGUGGAGAUGGCAUCGACUACUGGAUACCACUGAACACUCAAAAGUAUCCCGCCGAGUCGUUUGAUGAAAGCACAACACGUUCUACAAAACUGAGAGUAAGAGAGGAGGUAUGCCGAAAAUAUUAUAAUAAUAAUUGCAGCCUAGAUACAAAUAGUAUUUACUAUGUGUAUAUUGAUGAUACUGGGGUACCUAUGUUUGAGUGUGUGAAUAUCGUGUUUGGGAUGUAUAACUUGGGAGUGGUACGUAUCUCAAAAGAAAAUAAUACAACCCAAUGGGAAUAUACUACAAUUAUGGGGUUCACUAUUGCUAUGAUGGAAAAUAUGUUUGAACCAGAAUUGCCAAUCUUAACAGAUAAAGCUGAUGGAGACUGUGGAUUUUCGUUCAUGACAUACGCAGUAUUAAGAAAUUUGUUCGAGCUCCAUGAAGCUUCAAAAACAAGCCCAGUGGUUUGUGUUUCAUAUAGUUGUUGA